UUGGGGUAUUGGAGUUUUAACUCUUUUCUCUUCUUAUUGGACGAAGACAAUUCAGCACAACUUCGUCUAGGAAAAGAAAAGACCAAAUUUUUCAACUUUUUUGUCUUAAUUUUUUCUUCCCAUUUCAAAAAAAUCCCCUAAAAAACAAAACCCAUUUGGAAGAUUUGAUUGUACAAACAAAAAAACCAGACAAAAUGAACGACUUAUUCUCGAAUUCGUUCAAACAAUACACGGAUCUGAAGCAACAGGCGUCUGUGGACGGCAUGGAGUCUGGGAAUGAGACUGUGAAUUUGGACACGUUCUUCGAGGAUGUCGAGAAUGUUAAAGACGACAUGAAACAGGUCGAGAAUUUGUACAAGAAAUUGCAACAGGACAAUGAGGAAUGCAAGAUUGUCCACAAUGCCAAGACGAUGAAGGAGCUGAGGGGUAGAAUGGAGGCCGAUGUCGCCCAGGUUCUGAAGCGUGUCAAAAUGAUUAAAGGCAAACUCGAGGCUCUGGAUCGUUCCAACGCCGCUCACCGCAGCCUCCCCGGUUGCGGCCCUGGCUCCUCCGCGGACCGAACCCGAACCUCCGUCGUCAGCGGCUUGGGGAAGAAGCUCAAAGAUGUCAUGGAUGAGUUUCAAGGCCUCAGAGGUCGAAUGAACGCCGAAUACAAAGAAACCAUCGAGCGCAGGUACUUCACAGUGACAGGGCAGAAAGCCGACGAAGAGACAAUAGAGAAUUUGAUAGCAAGUGGGGAAAGCGAGAGCUUCCUCCAGAAGGCAAUUCAAGAACAGGGGAGGGGUCAGAUAAUGGACACAAUCUCAGAGAUUCAGGAGCGACACGACGCUGUGAAGGAGAUAGAGAAGAAUUUGUUAGAGCUGCAUCAAAUUUUCUUGGACAUGGCGGCGCUGGUCGAGGCACAAGGGCACCAGCUGAACGACAUCGAGAGCCAUGUCGCGCAUGCGAACUCGUUCGUGAGAAGAGGAACAGAGCAGCUUCAGGAAGCCAGAGAGAUACAGAAGGACUCGAGGAAGUGGACUUGCUAUGCCAUUAUCUUGGGGGUUGUUCUUAUUAUAAUCAUCCUCUUCCCGAUCUUGACUACAAUUUUACCUCAUUUGUUGUAGAAAGCUUCUUGCUUUGCUUUCUAAAAAAGACCCCUCCAACAAAAAUUGUUUCAAUUCGUUUCUGCCAUUCAAAUUGGCGUCUUCUGAGGGUGUGUUGGUCGGUACAUAGCUGUAAAUGUGUGUGUUCUUAGUUGCUGGAAACAAAACAACAACAGAAUGUUUGU